AGGCGUAGAACGCUACGUAGACGCGCCAUAUUGACGUGACAGCAACGACGCCGCAUCUUUACUGGGGAACGGAAUACGUCACAACACCUCCGGAUAUUAUCGGUCGUCCUCUGCUUGCACGGCUCUCCGGCUUCCAGUCGCCCUUCAGUCCUGUCAGGGAGAGUCCACUUCUCCGUCAAAAAACAAACUAUACAUUCAACUUUAAACCAUGGCGGGGACAAUUGCACGCAAAGCCUUCGACCACCUGAAGAGUAAAGACUUCAGGGAUUAUUUAAUGAGCACGCAUUUCUGGGGCCCUGUAGCAAACUGGGGUCUUCCCAUCGCUGCCAUCACAGAUAUGAAGAAGAGUCCUGAAAUUAUCAGCGGCAGGAUGACCUUCGCCCUGUGCUGUUACUCUCUGCUCUUCAUGAGAUUCGCGUACAAGGUCCAGCCCCGCAACUGGCUCCUCUUUGCCUGCCAUUUGACCAACGAGGGAGCACAACUAGUCCAGGGAGGUCGUCUCAUCAAAUACAACAUGGAGAAGAAGAUUGAAUCCUAGUGGUGGAGUGAAAUCAGUGCAAAUCUGCAAAAUGCUGCUUCAACAACCUAUUAAAUUUGGACACCAGACCUUCAUCUAAACAUGUUAUCCAAUCAUAUUUUUUUUUCUUUUUAACAGGAUGCUACCAUAACUGAUUCUGUUGCAAUUUUCACUUUAAUACACAAACAAUAAAUAAAUAAAUACUUUAACUUUUCUACAGUUACCAAUUUUAACUGCUGUGGGUUUAAUUAUUUUUUGAUUUUACGUGGAAUGUAAUAUAAUUUGUUAACUGAGCUAAUCAGAGUGACGAAUGCCUUGUACACAGGUCAGGGGCUGCUGCUGCAAACUUUAAAAAAAAGACCCAUACAAUCAGUUUUUGUUAUCACAUAAUUAUACACCAUUAUGGGAAAACACUGUUACACUGCAUCCUUUUUAAAACACGGACAUAUCUAAACAGAUUGGAGGUCAGUUUGAGCAGUCAUGCAGUUAUUCUGGAGAAACUUGGACAUCGGCACCAUAUUUUUUUUCUUUUAAAUAUAUAGAACUUACUGAGCCAACAUGCGUUCAGCUGAAGACAUGCAGGAAAAUAAUGAAAUGUUUGGUAUCAUUUAACCAACUACGACAAAAAGUGAAAAUUAGAAAGUGUUUGAAUCGACAGAUGUAAAUAUGAAAAAUAUAAGGCUUUGUUUAAAAGCCAAGACUGUUCCGGUUAAAUGUUGACCACAUGUCACGUCUAAUUCACAUUAAUUUAAGGUCCUUGUAUAAUUCCCUUUGUUUUUCCCUGGUGAUUGUUUGAACACUUUAGACCUGUUUAAAUAAAAUCAACUGGAAAAAGAA